GUUACUGCGGGGGGAACUCUUCUUCUUCUUUUCCACCCGGUCGCUUUUAGAUGGUGCGCCAUAGUCGCUCGGCGGAUGUUGAUGGAGUCGCACGUUGUCACUGAAGCUGAAAGUUUUUAAUCAAUAAAACUUAUUUAAAAAAAAUUAAAAAAAGGUUAUAAAAGCAGGAUGUCGGCGUCGUUGAUCAGGAGAGGACUGGAGCUGCUGGGCGACGACAUUAAAGAUGCCAGUAAGGUGAAGAAUAAGAAUAAUAAUAAUAAGAAGAAGAAGAAGCAUCAGACACCCAGCUCGGCCACGGUGAUGGAGCUGGUGAGCACAAAGCGACAGGGGGUCACCAAGCAGGUCAAACGCCUGCAGGGUCGCCUGGGUCCCGGCAAGAGCAAAGCUACAGUCAAAGACAAGAGGAUCAAGUCUGCAGUGGAGGAGUUCAGGAAGAAGCAGAGGAAGAGCCACAUGAGUGACAACCUCAAGUACUUCAUGAGAACUGGCUACAAAGCAACAGAUUCUGACACUAUGAAGAUCCUGAGCCACAAUUCAGGUAGACAGUCCAGGAAUCGCCCAGAACGACCUGGCAAGAAGGCGAAGGAGCCGGAGUCUCUGUUCACGGAAGAGGAGUUCCAGCAGUUCCAGAAGGAAUACUUUGGCAGGACUGUCGAGGAGAAGAAAUGAAGCGCACCCAAAACGCAAAGACACUGCAGCCACGGUGGAAACGCCAGCGUUGCGUUUUGUGGAUCACAGAUUUCUGGACCAGAUUAUGCUCUGGAAGUUGGUUUCACUUCACGUUUCAACAAUGGAACGAGAAAACUUUGAUGUUUUUAUGAGUGGAAUCUGCCCUGAUGUUAUUAAUACAGACAUGUACUGUCAUACAUACAGGGAACAUGUGAUUUACAGUGUUUUUCCUGCCAAGAGUUUCCAUUCUGAAAAUCCUAUAGCUUAAACUUAUAUUAAAAUGUUUCAAAACGAUGACUCAUAACUAGUCAUUAGUCAUUAGUACAGCAAGUGCAGCUUUAAAUGGUACCUGAUUAUGAUUAUAAUUAACUGAUUCUUCUUUAUGUGGCUCUGGUGUUGUCCUCCAGUUACAACUCCAAUCAGUCCAGCUAAGUGAAUUUAGACAUUUUCUUACUUUGUUUUUUUACUGUUGAGCAGAAAUCCAAAGUUUUUCAAUAUAGAGACACAUUUUGACUUUAUUUUUUUCAUUCUGGUUGUAACAGCAAUAAAUCUUUGUGUUCAAAUUA